UGCACGUCCUACUCGUGUAGCGCUACAGCAGGGCGAUUUUGCGCGUUCCCGUGACUCGCCAUAGAAAACAAAGCUGAACGUCUCCCAUAACAGCUCGGGGUGCAGACUUGAGGAAUAUCUGAAUUUAUUCUGGAUAUAUCAUGCUGGAUAUGGAUUUGCACUGGGUGUAGCAUCGUUGGAGACCAAGCCCUCACGGCUGGGGUGACGGCAGGACAUUAGCGAAACUGACGAAUAUAACAUCAGUGGGUUUUUUUUUUUCUCGGGGUGCUUUGUCUUGUCCACCGAACGAUUGCAAACCAUCAUUCCCAUUGCAAUUUGCAAGAUAUCCAGCUAGUGACUGCUAGCUGCCUGCCGGAAUGUAUCGUCAUGUUGUCACCUCAAAGUAACUGCUAGGACGUUGGAUUGUGAAAGGAUACGCAGAAAACCUCCCCGAGGUCCCAUCGGGUUGUCACCGGGACCUGAAUCUGUGUUCGCCACAGUCGCGGAACCCGCUGUUUUCGGCGACAUGGCGGAGCAGGGCUACUCAUCCUGGGCGUACUCCCUAAUUGACUCCAGCCAGGUGUCCACCUUCCUCAUCUCCAUUCUUCUCAUCGUCUAUGGCAGCUUCAGAUCAUUAAACAUGGACUGUGAGAACCAGGAGAAGGAUAAAGACGGUAACCCCAUGCCAGGUUUCAACAACGGCACCAACAACAGUGAGUGUAUUCAGACUAUAGACUCCACACAGGCCCUGUUCCUGCCCAUAGGCGCCUCGGUGUCUCUGCUCGUCAUGUUCUUCUUCUUCGACUCGGUACAGGUGGUCUUCACCAUCUGCACGGCAGUUCUUGCAACAAUUGCAUUUGCAUUCCUCUUGUUGCCAAUGUGCCAGUAUAUGACCAAACCCUGCUCCCCACAGAACAAGAUUUCCUUUGGCUGCUGUGGGCGUUUCACUCUGGCGGAGCUCCUCUCCUUCGCCUUCUCCUUAUUGUUGGUGUUCAUCUGGGUGCUGACUGGACACUGGCUCCUCAUGGACGCGUUAGCCAUGGGCUUGUGUGUGGCCAUGAUCGCCUUCGUGCGGCUUCCCAGUCUGAAGGUGUCCUGCCUGCUGCUGUCAGGACUGCUCAUUUAUGACGUAUUCUGGGUGUUCUUCUCAGCUUACAUAUUUAAUAGUAAUGUGAUGGUCAAAGUCGCCACCCAACCUGCUGAGAAUCCCAUCGACGUUCUGUCCCGGAAGCUCCACUUGGGGCCCGGGUUGGGCCGCGACGUCCCCCGUCUCUCCCUACCUGGAAAACUGGUCUUUCCCAGCUCCACAGGAAGUCACUUCUCGAUGCUGGGAAUCGGAGACAUUGUGAUGCCGGGCCUGCUGUUGUGCUUCGUCCUGCGCUAUGACAACUACAAGAAGCAAGCCAAUGGGGAAGUGCCUCUGUCCGGACGCAUGCAGCGCGUCUCCUAUUUCCACUGCACUCUCAUCGGAUACUUUGUGGGUCUGCUGACCGCCACUGUGGCCUCCAGGAUCCAUCGUGCCGCUCAGCCGGCGCUGCUCUACCUGGUGCCCUUCACCCUGCUGCCUCUGCUCACGAUGGCCUACCUGAAGGGGGAUUUGCGGCGCAUGUGGUCCGAGCCCUUCCACACCAAGACCAGCAGCUCCCGCUUCCUGGAGGUAUGAUGCACCCUGGGAGAAACGACCCGUGCGGGGAGGACUGCUGAUCCUUUACCUUAAUUAGAGGGAAGGAGAGCGGGCGCACUCCCAGUGAGGCCAUGUUGUCAUCACUUGUUCAUGCUUUCCGCCAAUCUUCUGUGAAACCCCUCAGAAGGACACCCGUGUGUGGAUCACAACGCCCCAACACGAUUCAUUGUUGGUCCCUACAUCCUCCCCGUUUCAUCGCCACUUCCUCUUUUCUGUUUAUUUCCUCUUCAUUAGAGCACAUCCUGCCUACGCUGUGUUUGUGUGUGUGUGUCCCCCCCCGCUCCCCUUGCUCGCCCUCUCCUUUUCCUUCUCGCUGCGUUGUCCUUCUUUCCCGUUCCUUUUUUCCUCCGCAUCUCUGUUUGUCACCGACUCGGAUGAACUCGAGGGCCAGGCCUCCCCCCCUUUUUGUGGACUUAGGGUUGUGAGCCAUGGCUGGGGUUUAUAUAUAUAUUUUUUAGCAUUCUUGUGGUUAUUAUUAGUAUUAUUAUUAUUAUAGAAUGAUUUAAACAAACUGAGAAGAGGUGGAGCGUUGCAGUGGCACAGGACCGUGCUCGGGAGCAGCGCCACAGUAAAGAAGAAGAGUCCCCCCCUCCAUCCGACUCCCUCUUCCUCCCCCUGCUUUCUCCAUGUGUCCCGUCGUCCCGCCCUCCGACACUCCCUCCGAGCCCCACCCUCCUCCUCUCUGUUCAUCCGCUGUCCCCAUUCCCCGCCCUCACAGAUAACUAUGUAUUUUAUUUCGAAAAAGUUUUAUUCUUGGCAUAUACAGAAAUGCAUUAUAAAUUGUUAAGCUGCCCCCAGCAUUUUAGGGGCCACUUCUAUUUGUAUAUAUGUGUAUUUGCGGUAACUUGAGUUUGUGUUCGGGAGCAUGUUGAAUAGGGCGGGAAACUGACGCCAGCCAACAGCUGGAUUUUGGUAAAUUCCGGCUGCCGGUUUCGUCGUGUCAACUGGUGAGCGUCCAUCACUUAGAGGUUGUUUUCUAAAGUGUGUUGGCUUGUGUGAUAGAAACGUAGCUGAUGGAUCUUUGGGGAGGAAAAAAAUACAUCUGCCCCGGCGGCCGGUUGAUAAAAAGCUUGUUUCGUGCUCUAGUGUCUCGUGUGUUGGAUCAAACGGUGUCAUACACACAUGACAUGUCCAAUGGAAACGGUUUGUGUCUAACUUGUAAAAAAGUUACAGAAAACUCAACAGGGGGCAAUUUUGUUUUUAUCAGUCUUUCUUCGGACAGGUGGAAAUGUAAACAGUGUUUUUUUUUUUCUAAUAAAUGAAUGUUGAAUUCAUUUUAAGGUAUGAUAUGUUACUUUUCAUCAUGAAACCACAUCAUACAUCAUGCUGGGUAAUUUCUCUUGUGCACAUCCUCAAUGUACAUGUAUUUAUGGCCAUGGAGACACGAAAAGCAUCUGAUUUGAGACAUUAUAAAUGUCUGAGCAUGGUGGUAUCUGAUCAGUUUGUAUACGUUUUGACAGAAGUCAGUGGAACAGCACAACAGCACAUGUCAUCUGAACUUCCCCUCUAUCGAUAAAGACCGUGUGUGUGUGUGUGUGUGUGUGUGUGAGUGUGAUCAGUUACGCCCUUCAGAAAUCAAAAUAGGAAAUAAAAGUUCACCCAUGAGAUGUUUUUACUGUCACCACUUGGUCCCUGGCAGUCUUUUCUUUUUUUUAAUGGUCCUUCCACUUUUUUGUGGUGCUUGUCAGUUAAUAUCUAAUGUAUACUGGAAAAAGUGUGAGUUAUUGCACAGCGGGAAGUCGGAGGGAUGUACGGACGAUGCAGUUUGCUGGCUUUUUGUUUUUUACUUUUCGAUGCUAUCUGGCCGUGCAUGUUAAAUGUACAGUGUAUAAUUUCUCAGACUGCAUCGGAGGGGCCGCGGCAGUUUUGAGUCUCCGCUGGCCGACACGAGGCGCUGGACCUAUGAGUCGCCUACAAAGAGCAGCGUGAGUGGGUGGGACAAAGGCCGCAGGUCAGAAAAACUGUGAUUGGUCAGCGCUGACCUCCUGUGACUGAUUCACAAAGGCUAAAUAUUAUGACCCGAGUGCCGUCAGGUUGGGACACCCGGCCUGCCGCUCAGUGCAGCGGCCUGAACUCGGACAUCAUGGAACAACAAGGCGCCUUCACCUCUUCAUGGACUUGGAAAGAAAAUAUAUAGAUUUAUAUACAUAAUUAUGUGUGUGUGUGUGUGUAUAUAUAUAUAUGUAUGUAUAUACACACACGUAUACAUAUAUGUGUGUAUCUGUACAGACAUAAAUAAUUGACAACGAAAAUGUUUUUUUUUUAAUAGAAAAUGAAUUCCUUCUUACCCCGUUGUUAGUAUAAUUAUUUUUCUUUUUUUUCUUUAGUGUUUUUUUUCUCCUUUUCUUUCCACCUCUUCUCCCCUCCAGCAGAGGAUUCCAGCUCUGUUGGUCCGUUGAUAUUAUAGCUGAAUGGAUUCUGUAUAGAAAAAGGGUGGAUAAAUAAAUUAAGAACUGUGUAGUGAAUCAUGAAUCCUGAAGCGCUUGAUCUAAAACACGUUGUCUCCUAACCCGUUCCCUCUGCCCUCUCCCCUUCUUUCCUUCCUCGUUCAGGAUUCUGCUGUAAAUAAACAUGACUAACUGUAA